AUGGAACGAAACGAAGAAGAGCUACCUGUAGCUACGAGUACUUCUCCUCGUAACAGAUCUUACAACUCGGGUCAACCGUCAUAUUCUGCUUCUCCUGGAAAGAUCCGUAAUCAAACAAUUGCUCUUGGUGAUGUCGAUAGAAGAAAGGAUUCUCCUCCCGGUGAAUUAUCCGCUGCUGGCCAAAGCAAUUUAUCUUUGCUUCUUCAAAAAACUCCUUCUCCACCUAAAGAAACAUCUCAUAAAACUACUACUGCUGAUGGCGCCCAAGAUUCAAUUCCUCCAACAAUAAACGUUGUAUCUAAUGAUUCUCCAAAUUCUGAGUACUUUGAUCCUAGAAAUGAAUCAAGACCAUUGCUUGAAACUUUUCCUCACAAUUACGGAAAUUGGUUACCUUCUGAUGAUCCAUUAUCUAUGGAAGAUCGUUCUUUCGUUGAAAAAGUUUACGAUUGGUUACCUUGCACUGGUGAUAACCGAUAUGAACGACGAAGACCAAGUUUUAGAUGUACCCCUGAAAAUAUUUUCCGCCAGGUAAUUCUUAAUCCCAUCUCCUACAUACCUGCCGUUAUUCUGGGACUUUUGUUGAACCUGUUAGAUGCUAUAUCUUAUGGAAUUUUACAUGUACCAAUAAAUGUUCCAGCUUUGGGUGUAUCACUUAAUGAAGAUAAUGUGGAUACCAACCGUGAAUUGGUUGCUCAUGGUAUAUCAAACAUUGCAUCCGGAUUAUGUGGCAGUGUUCAAAAUUAUUUGGUGUAUACUAAUUCUGUAUUAUUCAUUAAAUCUGGUGGUGAUAGUCGCGUUGCCGGGUUAAUGCUUGCUGCUGGAACUGCGGUUAUUCUUUUUGUUGGCCCCUGGAUUGUUGGUUACAUCCCAGUAAUGGUAGUUGGUGCUCUUAUUUUUCACCUUGGAUUAGACUUAUUAAAAGAGGCUUUGGUCGAUACUUGGGGAAUUGUCAAUCGCAUGGAAUAUUUUACUAUUGUUGCCAUUGUUGUUGCUAUGGGUUCUCUUGGUUUUAUUGAAGGAAUUUUCUUAGGAAUUAUAAUGGCAUGCAUAUUUUUUGUGGUUUCAAACUCUCGCAAGAGUGCGAUACGUGCUACCUUUUCAGGAAGUUCGAUUUCAUCUACUGUUAGGCGUCGUUAUCGUCAACAAAAGUUUCUUAAAUAUGUUGGUAAUCAAAUUUAUGCAAUCAAACUCCAAGGUUAUUUGUUUUUCGGAACAAUUAGUGGUGUAGAAAAAGAAAUUCGAAGAAUAUUAACUUAUAGUGAAUGGAGAAGAAAUCCAAUUCGUUUUCUGAUUCUGGACUUUAAUCUCGUUAGUGGUUUGGAUUUCAGUGCUGCAGAAGCAUUUUUCAGAAUUCAAAGGCUUUUACAAGUUAAAAAAGUUUAUCUAGUAUUUUGCGGUGCAUCUUAUAAUUCUGAAGUGGGAAAGGCUCUUAGAGCUAUUGGUUUGUGGAGAGAUGAACCACAUAAUUCUGAUAAUUCUUUACUUAUUUAUGAAAACUUUAAUGAGUCACUUGAACAUUGUGAGAAUAUGUUACUACAAGCAUACUAUGAAAGUGUAUCCUCAUUAAUUACAAAUCAGGAUGCUAACCCUAAUCCUAAUACUAAACGCCCUAGUAAACCUACAAGCGUUCUCAUGGAUGCAUUCCAAGAUAUGACGGACAUGAAAGAUGAAUAUUUAGACAAAUUUUUCAGUCGUAUUGCACCAUACUUUCACGAAGAAGAUGUCCCUGCUGGGGCGACACUUUGGUCUCAAGGAGAUAAACCGGAUUGUCUUUACCUUGUUGAAAGUGGUUUACUUCGUGCUACGUGGCGUGCAACAGAAGGUGAUCCUUCUCGACCUGUUGAAACCAUCUUACCAGGUACUAUGGCCGGUGAAAUAGGUUUCUUUACAGAAAGGAAAAGAGAUGCUACUUUGGUUGCAGAAAGUCAUUGUAUCUUAUGGAAGAUGAAAAAAUCAGACUUUGAUGAUUUACUUGAAAAAGAUCCGGACGCUGCAA